AUGAAGCGCAAGGAUAUUGAGUUCACAGUGGGAGACAGUAUUUCUCAUGGUUUCCCCAUGGAAAAAGAGUUAGAGCGCAUUUACAAUGUGUUUCACGUCUCCAUGUUGCAAAGAUACCGAUCCGGUCCGUCCCAUGUUAUCCCUCUUGAACAAGUUGAAGUAAGGCAAGACUUAACCUAUGAGGAAGAACCAAUUCGAAUCCUUGCUAGAGACGUCAAUGAGCUAAGAAACAAGAGGAUACCAGUGAAAAUUUUGUGGAGGAACCAUGGCGUAGAGGAGGCGACAUGGGAACUCGAUGAAGACAUGUAA